AUUCAACUUUAUCCGCGCAGCCGCAUAACUGAAUGAGAAUAACGGUGAGAUGAAAUCACUGGAAAAUCAGCACGCUCCUUUUAGAAUGGCGCCUAUAAAAGCUGCGUCGACUAUUGAACAAUCUCCAGUUGACUGAUUGGCGCGUCUGAACGCAGUUCAGGGAAAGCGGGGCGAAAGCAUAAAUCAUUUGAGAUCUUAGUGAAACGCAACAAUUGUCAUUAAAUAGGCAAUGUAAAGUAGAAAAAGAAAGUUUCUGAAAAAAGAAAGCACAAAUAAAGUUGAAUUCGGUCAAACGAUUAACUGCGAAACCGCGACUGGAAUCCACGAAGCAUAUAUUCGUUCCAAACAUUUGCAGCUUACGGCAAACAAAUUUUAUUUAUAAAGAAUUAUAAAAACAAUAUUGUAUAUGUUUGUGUGUAUUAUGGUUUUGCAAAUGAAUACAAGUUAUUAGUGCGCCAUUGAAAGACUGUGAAAGUAAGAUGUUUGUGAAUAUGUCAGGAGAAUAAGUGCAUGCAAAAUAUGCAAUACUUUGUGCUUUGCAAAUGAAAAGUAGUUCUAACUGUUUGUCGUGAUCAUGCUUAAACGCAAACCAUAUCCAUACUAAUAUUAUAAAUGUGAAUGUGAAUUUUGUUAAGCCGAAACCACGUAACUGAUCAUCAUGAAACUUUCUGCACAUACAUAUGUCUUAUGGAAUUCAAGCCACUGUAAAAGCUUAUAAAAUAUAAAUCAAAGCCAAAUAAAUCAAACACUUGUUUUAUGUGAUGAAAAUUUAUUUCCCAGCGAUACAGUGUGAAUCGCUCAAACGAUUAUAUGUACUUAACAUACAUAUAUGCUGAACUAACUGCAAGCGAUAGUUCAAUUCCAAUUUCAAUGUGUCAAAUAUUUGCUUACAAAACAAGAUUCGGUAAAGGAUUUCUGGAGUAAUAUCAGCUAACACCACCACCGUUAUCACCUACUGUUAUGGAUAGCGCCUGUGAAGUGAAAUUGUUGCUUGUGGCUAAAAAUACGGCAGCAACAGUCAGCAACACUCUACUGAGCACUUGAGGAGCAAAUUGUGGUAGCCUCAAAAUCAUAUCCUCAACAAGCAGACGGUAAACAUAAGUACAGGAGAAGUACAACAUUACAUAAAGUGCAAAGAAAACUCCAGAAACCACUAAAAAUUCCAAACAAGUGGGCUGUUCUAAUAAAAGCGGUAGAAAUGUGCAUCAACAAGCAGUCGUGGCCCGUGGUUGUCGCCUACGUCUUGCUUUGUUCCACUCUGCUCAUCUCCAGCAUUCACUCGACACCUAUUUCAGUAAAAGGUGGACUCGGCGCCGCACCCUGUGUCCACGAUAGCAUCUCCGAGUUGAUCAAAAAGAGCCCGGUCAUACUGAAAGCUCUUGGCGCACAUAUCUUCACAGACGACGCCAACACCAAUGAUUUACUAAAUGCAGCGAAAUUGGGCGCUGGUGCAGAUAGAAACAGCGCUGUCAAUGACGAAGUGAAAAAGCAGAAUUUGCAAAAUAAUUUGUUCGCAUCAGCAACAUUUCACACAACCGUUGGCAGUCCAACGGCCGUCGCAGCAACAACCCAACAACGGCCAGCGGCGAACACGGCCAUUUUAAUAACUUUAACACCGGAAACGAUAUACAAAGGCGCGUCACUUUUGAAAAUGACACCCGGAGCGGAUAAUGCAGCACGUGGAGGAAGCGGUGGCGGAGUUAACAACAACGGUAGAGGAGAUGGCAGUGGCAUAGGCCGUGGUAGUAGCUAUGGCCCUGGAUGUGGCAACAGCGCAACAGCCGAGUCUGCAUAUCAGUAUGAAGGGCAGUUAAAUGCAACACUCCAGCCUUUGUCUUGCUUCGAUAGAAACCUUUUGAAAAGUCUACCCACCGAAUUAAUUGUUUUUGGCAAAUUGCGAACUGCACAGCAGCAACAACAAUUACGAAGCGAAUUUAAUACAGCUCCACAAAGUGACUUUUUGUCCAUAAGCAUAAAUGGUUUGCACCGUUGGAGUCCACAAUUUGAAAGUCACAUCUGGAAACAUUUGGGCUGGGAUAAUUGGAGUGAUUUUACGCUUUGCAGUGUUACAUGCGGCAAAGGUGUACAACAACGGUUUCGCCGUUGUCUGCUCGAUAAUCCGAUGGUGAAUUUCAACAUGCACCUAAACCUGAACGCGGCAACUGACGCUGAGGUGGACGAUGACGAGGUUGUCGUGGACGAGCUGAGCAGUGCGGGCUUUGAAAACACCGAAUUGCUAGACAAUACAUUAGGAGACUUCAACAGCGCAGACUUUGAUACUGCGGCAAUGAUGGACAAAAAUGAUAAGGAUUAUCAAAGGCAGCCAAUUGCAGAGGAUAGCAGCGACAAUUUACAACUGCGAAAACGAAAAACAACCAUGAAAGUUUCCGCCGAAUUUGAAACUACUCUAGGGGUUGAUACUUCUUUUGCUACAGUUGCAGACGUUGUGACAUCAAAAGUACAAUCAGAUCACGAGAUUAAUGCGGUGCCAGAAUCUAAUUUGCUGAAAAGACUGACUCAGCGAGCCCCCCCUACACCGGCAGUAGCAAUCGACGCAAGAACAGCUAAAACCAAUAAUAUUGACCGAAUUGAUUAUUCCAAAGGCAAAAACCAAAACAACAUCGACGUAUUGGUGCACAAAUUCGAAACUAAUCUCCAAGUAAAUGAAGCCAGUUUUCUCAAGAAUGACCACCUGAAAGUAAUUGACAAUUUUGCAAAUAAGGCAACGAAGGAUGAAUUGAACAAAAAAACUACAAUCGAAGUGCUAUCGAAGAAUAUAAAGGAACGUCAGCAUAUACGCCGAAGACCAAUGAAAAACUAUUCCACUAUGUUUUGUGAAGGUUACAACAUAGAACAGCGAAAUUGUAACACUUUCGAUUGCAGCGAUGACAUAAACGACUUAUUAAAGUUUUAUAAAAAGUUCCUUAUGCCGGAGGAUGCUUCAAGCCCCGCUACAGUUCCAUUGCAAUCAUCUGCCGGAACGUCGAUGGCAGUUGAUGGACAUGCCACAUCAACAGCUACCACGAUGGAAUCAGGCACCGUGACAGUUAACUUGGUUGCCAAUGCGGCUACAACAGGCGCCACAUUAGCUACUAACAAGAGAGAUGCCUCCAUUUUGAACGCUGAUAUCAGAGCCUCUGGCAGCGGUGCGAUAAAUGCAAAUACUUUUGGCAGCAAAGCGACUAUUGGCAACAAUGCACCUUCGACGACGCCAGCAAACAUGGGCUACAUACGUAGUUGGCGGAAUCCACUGAACUUUACGAUAAUGCUGACCUUACGAGUUCGAAACGACAGUAAAACCGCAACGACCAUUUUCUCCAUACGCAAUGCCACCCACAAUAUGUAUUUGGAAUCAUGCAAGGACGGUUUGCGAUUGUAUCUAGAGCGAGACGGCACCACUGAAAUGCUGCCAGUGAAAUUUAAUUUAUACGAUUUUCGUUGGCAUCAAGUGGCCAUCAGCAUACAAAAUGGCGAUUUCAUUUCCAUUUAUACCGAUUGUUCCUGGACAAACAGUUUUGUUGUGUCGAAGCGCCUUUACACGCUGCCACUGGAUGCCGAUGUGGAAAUUGGACGUGGCUUUAAUGGCGAACUGCAACAAUUAUUGGUGCUGCCCGAUAACCAGGAACGACAUCAAUGCUCCAACAAACGUACAUCAAUAAAUGAGGUAAAACGAUACAUUAUCGACACGUUCAUCGACGAUUACGGCAACUAGGAUGAGCCAGGUGGAUAAUUGCAAGACUUGCAAACAAAUCGGCGGAAUGUCUAUAUGCAAAACGAAUACGCCAACUUACCAUAAAUUAUGUGGAAUUAAAUGUGACGUAAUGAUCGAAAGUGAAAUGCUUGCUGAGUGCAGAAGUGAAAGUAAUUAAGAAUUAAUAUUGUGAUUCAUGUGUGUCCUAAAAGAAAAUUAAAAGUGUUUAGUUAAUAAACCGAUUUGUUAUAAAA